AUGAAAAUUAAAAGAAAAAUAGAAAGUGAGAGAGCGGCACCGAAGCCCCCGUUGAGGCGUUGACGGCUUUGUCCAAGUGUCGUUAGUUUCAGAGCGCCACCCUAAUUCUUGAAUUUCCAACACCAACACCAUGGGCUGCGCUUCCCCUCCCUUUUCGCUCCACCGUUAUCCUACAUCGCCAAAUCCCACCUCCGCCGCCGCCGCCGCCACUUUCUUUCCCGCCAAUUUGAACCAUUUCCACUGGCCGCAAAAACCGUUUCUUCCCAUAUCUUCUGUUCAAUCAGUAUUCCGGUCGUUUCCCUCGUCCCUCUCAAGCCGCAGUCCCACUCUUCUCCGACCUUUCGCCGCCGCCGCCAACCACAAUGGAGACAAUAACAACAACGGCGGAGGUAGAAAUGGAGGCGGCGGCGGUGAUUGGUGGGAUGAUUUCUUCAAUUUUGACAAGAAGCAUUUCUUUCUGCUCCCUUUUUCUUGUAUGUUCACAAAUGAAAAUAAUAUUGUUGCGUCUGUCGCUUCGUGUAAGCCGCUACUCCUAUUACUCGUUUCCGUCUCGUCUUCCGUCACCUGCGGCUUGCUAUUAGCUUCAUUAGUACAGGCGAAGACUAAUGGUGAAGAGAAUGAUGCAGAGGUUUUGUAUGAAAUUCGAGGAGGAAAGCGGGUUGAGCUCGUAGCGGAUCACUUCAAAGAUGAAUUUAUUGUUCCAAGAACAGUGGGCUCCAAUUCAAAACCGUCCUCUUUCAGGGACUUUACCGUUGAUUUGUGGAUGCAAUGUAGGAACUUAGCCAUGAAUUUGAUGUUGCCAGAGGGGUUUCCCGAGAGUGUUACUAGUGAUUACUUGGAAUACUCUCUUUGGAGAGCUGUUCAAGGUGUUGCCGCCCAAAUGAGCGGCGUUCUGGCCACUCAGGCUUUGCUUUAUGCUGUUGGAUUGGGGAAAGGGGCCAUUCCUACUGCUGCAGCUGUGAAUUGGGUGCUCAAGGAUGGAAUUGGAUAUCUUAGCAAGAUUUUGUUGUCAAACUAUGGCAGACAUUUUGAUGUCCAUCCAAAAGGUUGGAGGCUAUUUGCUGACCUCUUGGAGAAUGCUGCUUUUGGACUGGAGAUAAUGACUCCAGCAUUUCCCCAUCUGUUUGUACAUAUUGGUGCGGUUGCUGGAGCGGGGAGAUCAGCUGCUGCAUUAAUACAGGCUGCUACGAGGAGCUGUUUUUAUGCUGGCUUUGCUGCUCAAAGGAAUUUUGCUGAGGUAAUUGCUAAGGGUGAAGCACAGGGUAUGGUGAGCAAGGGCAUUGGAAUUAUGCUCGGAAUAGCACUUGCCAACUACACAAGUUCUUCUACGCCUCUUGCUCUUGCUUCUUUUGGCGUGAUAACUUGGAUUCACAUGUUCUGUAAUCUCAAAUCAUAUCAGUCCAUUCAGCUAAGGACUUUAAAUCCUUACCGCGCAAGUUUAGUUUUUAGUGAAUACCUGCUUAGUGGCUUAGUUCCUUCUGUUAAGGAGGUGAACAAUGAGGAGCCACUUUUUCCUGUCUUUCCGGCUUUAUGUUUGAAGCCAGCAUAUGAGGCACAAGCAGAGGAUCUUUCCCAAGAAGCCAAGAAUGCAGCUGCUCAUAUUGUGGAUAGGUUACAACUGGGUGCUAAACUAUCUGACAUUGUUAAACGUAGGGAAGAUGCGCUUGCACUGCUUGACCUCUACAAAAAUGAAGGUUAUAUACUCGCAGAACAUGAAGGCAGAUUCUGUGUUGUACUCAAAGAGAACUCGUCACCACAAGACAUGCUGAAGUCGGUGUUUCAUGUUAACUAUCUCUACUGGUUGGAGAGAAAUGCGGGAAUUCUAUCAAGUGGUGUGCGAAGUGAUUGUAGACCGGAGGGGAGACUCCAAAUGUCUUUAGAAUAUGUUGAGAGGGAAUUCUGCCACGUCAAGAACGAUAGUGAAAUAGUAGGUUGGAUGGCUGAUAGUCUCAUUGCAAGGCCUUUACCAAAUAGAAUCCGUCCUGGUUAUCCAAUUACUUCUCCUGUCAUGGCCGGCUGAUUGAUUUGCAACACUUUGCGUUAAACCUUGUAAGCUGUUGGCUAUGGCACAAGAGGAUGUGGUUGAAGUUGAAUGAUGGUAAACUGCAGUUUCAAGAUAACACUGAUUUGGUUGAACCCUCAAGAUGGAGAAGGCUACAAUGAAGGGGAUAAUGCACUAGCAGAAUGCUAGUUUUACAAAGUGGUUGAAUGGUUGCCCUUGUCUGAACAGCUUUGUGUCCUUACUGUAUAUGCUACUAAAAUGAAUGUUCAUUGCACCAUCAACCAACAUUCCUUAAUUCUUUGAGGCUCAAUGGAUCUUGAUUAAUCUUUUAGUGUGACAAUGGUCAUAUUGUUGUAGUCUGAACACUUAUUGUGAUUAGUUGAAUGUACUGGAAAUCAAGAUUUGAUGUAUACCUCAUAUGAACUCAUGAUUAGCUUUAA